AUGAAUGAAAUUGCUGAUUCCGAGUAUGAUUCAUCUUCUUCUUCCUAUUCUUCUGAGGAUGACAAUAUUCUUGAACAUCAGAACUUAUUGGAACAAUUGGAGCAAAGAAGAGCUCAACCCGUCCGAGAGGACACAAGUCUCAUAAAUCUAGGAACUGACCAAUGCCCUCGAAUGAUCAAAAUUUGUUCUUCUCUCAAUAAUGACGAAAUCUCCCGAAUGACCUCUCUCCUCAAAGAAUUCGAGGAAGUUUUCACCUGGUCCUACAAGGACAUGCCUGGCAUCGACUCAGAGAUCGUGCAACAUAGGCUGCCCACGUAUCUAGAUGCUCAUCUGGCUAAGGCAUUACAUGAUAUCACAUCCGGUCAAAUUGGUCUCGAGGAUGGAUCCAAUCAAAUAUCUCUUCAAGAAACCAGCAUUGACCGGAAGAAUGGCCAGGUGGUUGUUGUUAUAUCGGAAUUCGACAUAACCUAUGUCAAUCAAAAGUCUGUAAAAGGGCAGGCAAUCUCAGACCAUUUGACAGCAUUUCCUGUGAAGACUAAUUCACAACCAACAAAGGAUUCCUUCCCAGAUGAAGAUCUGCACUUUGCAGAAGAAGACCUGAAUGAAGGAUGGCAAUUAUAUUUUGAUGGAGCCACAAAUCAAAAAGGGUUUGGGGCCGGGGUGUUGCUCAUAACCCUAGAAGAUUUUUAUUUACCUAUGGCAUUCCAGUUGGAGUUCGGCUACACCAAUAACAUAGCAGAGUAUGAAGCCUGUGUCAUUGGGUUGGAAAUGGCCUUGUCUGUGGGAGUGGAAAAGAUCAAAGUCUUUGGAGAUUCUUCUGCUGUGAUAUGUCAAACUGAAGGGAAGUGGAGGACUAAGGACGAAAAGUUAAAGCCCUACCAGGUUUAUUUGGAGCAAUUGGCCCGAUGCUUCAAAGAAGUCUCUUUUGAAUAUCUACCCAGAGAUAGCAACCGGUUUUCGGACGCCUUAGCUACUUUAGCCUCCAUGGUAGAAUGUGAUCCUUGGGAUAGGAUCCGACCUUUUCUGAUAGAAAGACGGACUAGCCCGGCAUAUGGAGAGCCAGUCAAUGCGCUCACCAAGGAUAGAAGACCUUGGUAUGCACCAAUAGUUGAUUACAUCAGGGAAAGGAGGUACCCCAAGCAUUUCUCCAAAAGAAAGAAGAGGCAUUUGCGGAAAUAUGUUACUCAAUUCAUCCUCCAAGGAAGCCUGCUGUAUAAAAGAUCUUAUGAUGGAAUCCAACUAUUAUGCGUAGAUGAGGAGCAAGCUCAAACUAUUAUUGAAGGAAAUCCACCAAGGAAUAUGUGGACCACACAUGAAUGCAAAGAUGUUGGCCAAGAAGAUCCUCAGAAUGGGAUAUUUGCCAACAUUAUCCAUAUUCCUCCAACAGAGCUGCACUCGUUGAUCGCCCCUUGGCCAUUCUCUACUUGGAGAAUUGAUGUGAUUGGAAAGAUAACUCCCAAAGCCUCUAACGGGCAUGAAUUUGUUCUGGUCGCCAUUGACUAUUUCACGAAAUGGGUGGAGGCUCAAUCUUACGCAGUUCUGACUGCUGCUAAGAUGGCAAAGUUCAUAAAAGAAAACAUCAUUUGCAGAUACGAUGUGCCUCAGCAAUUGAUUUUAGAUCAAGGCUUGAAUUUUUGA